CACAGGUGACUACAGAGCUGCUUACGAGUCCUUACUGGAUGCCAAAAGUUAUUGAGGGGCCUGUUUGCCAUACGAGAAGUGCAAUAUAAUAAGAUAUCAUUUACACAUUAGCAUUUCCUUGUGCUUGCUGACGUAGGGUGUUUAAUUUCCCGGCAAUACAUUUCAUACGGUUCCCGGGCUUUGACUGGUAACUAAUGUGACAGCUCCGGCUGGGGCUUUCACCAGCAGUGCAUAUUAGUCUGUGUAUACAAUAAUUAGAGUCAAGCAAACGUAUCCAGCAUAGAUCAGAGUUACCACGGCUUUCCCGAUGGACGACCAAUCACCGCCACCGGACUACCCCGCGCUGGAAGAGCUGGAUCCUAGCUUAGCCGAUGGCUUCCAGCUGUUCUACGAGCGGGAGGUGCCGUUCGAGCUGCGCUCCUCUGCAGACGUGGACCUGCCAACAGAGGUUGGCGCUUUGGAGGCUGUCCGGGUGAAGAUCCUGGUGCAGCAGGAGGGGCCGCAGGUCAAGUGCAUCCGGGUUGAGCUGUGCAGCGAGUCCAACCUGUUCUUCCUCUACGUGCACGAGCUGACCGAGACAUCCUUCAAGGAGAUGCAGGAGUCGCAGCGGCUGAUGGUCAGCUUCUCCGACUACCCCGCUGUGCUCAUGCGUAUGCUAAAUCAGUGCAUUCGCGAGCCGCACAUCUACCUUGCGGUGUUCAUCAUGCAGCCCACCGGGGAGGCGCGGCUGGACUUCAUUCAGAAUAUGGAGUACAAGUUUGUGGAGCUGCUCAGCUGUAAGUUCGUAACGGCCGCAGAGGACCUUGUCCGCCUGCAUGUGAGCUACCGCUACAACGUGGUUAAGGCGCGCCUGCAGCUCAUGCAAGCGCGACUCGCGGACGUCAACGCAAUGGUUAAGAUGAAGAACCCAAGUCUGCUGCUCCAACUCCAGCGGACACCGCCGCGCAUGCCUGGCAUGCCCCCGGCUCCGCCCGGCUCUGCAAAGCCGUUCUAUCCCUGAGUUGAAGUGUUACGACCGCAAGCCAUGAUAACCUGCAUUAAGAUUACUGAUAUUGAUAGGAUAGGGCGAUAGCCGAUAGGCUGCCGCAUUUAGCUGGAUUGCUAAUGGCCGUACAGGCUUUGUCCGAUUUGGCGCGAGCGAGCCAACCCGUGUGUCACUUGCAGGGUAAUGGGGCCAGCAUAGUUAUAGGCGAUACUUAUUUAUUGUAUAUUGUCCAGUCUUUCCUUACUUUACUGAGUCGCAAACGAACAUGUUGUGACCUUCCAACGCAAGUCACUAUGGACUACUAUAAAUGCCUGUAUACCAAGCACCUUGUGAAAAAGCGGAAGACGUGG